AUGGUGUCGGCUACGGAAGAAGAAACAACAGGAUUCGGGUGGUUUCCAGAAGAAAUUAUUCACCAAAUACUGUCUUUUCUUAGCGAGGAUGGCAAAAAAAAGGCUCGUGAUCUAUCUAAAGAGUGGUUCGAUGCUUUCCGUACUUACCCAAAGUUGUCCUUCAAUGGGAUUAAUCAACAAGACUUCAACAACACUUUGGCGAGACACAAUUUUGGAAGAGUUUCGUUUCCUUAUCGGUUGGAAAUAACUAUGGAAUUCAAGAACAAUGAUGAAGAUGCCGCUAACAUGGACAAAUGGCUUAAAAUAGCUUUAGAGAAUGGAGUGAGGGAGCUGAAGAUGAACCUUAGUAGUUUCUGUGAUGAUUUGAGUGAAGUUAAGUUGAUCAAUGUCCCCCGCCUCAGAGAGCUUCACAUUUACCAUUUAAAGCAUAGCAUUCACCGAGAUUAUGAUCUGAAGGUAGAGAUUGAUGCACCAAAUAGUUUUCAACCAUAUAUAAAUCUGCAGAGAUUGACAUUGGAAGGCACAACUAUUGUUACUGAAAGAUUCUUCAUGGUUAAAUUUCCACAUCUGAGGUCCUUGGUUAUCCCUUCUUUCAAGGACUUUGCAAGAGAAAAUUUAACGAGUAAUUCGCUCGAGAAGCUAGAGUUCAAGCCCUCUAAUGAUUUGCCAGUGCAAAAACUAGAGGUUGAUUCCCCUAACCUAUUUAGUUUUCAUCUUUGUCUAUUGUAUGUGGACAUCUUCCCAAAAGUAUCUUUCAUGUCUCUUGUUCAACCGCACAUCAAAUCCGAAGUGUCUCUAUGGUACGCUUCUGAUAUGGAUAACUGCUGCUUCCUAAUGAUGGAGGAGAUGCUAUCAUCAUUAGUUCCAUCCAGGAUAUCGCUUCACAUUGAUAUCGAAUCCGACUUUGACUUAGAUGAGAGUGAAUCGUUGGAAGAAUCAUUCACAGGUUUCGCGGCGUCAUUCUUGGUUUGUUAUCCCGAGAUUGUAACCCUGCGGAUUGUAAUGAACGAAAGGGCUUCACGCGUGGUCGGUUGUUUGCAAAGAAAGCUGGAAGAUGCAGAAUCAGGACCUGGUGAAGGGAUUCAGGGUGUUUCUUGUUCACAAGGAUGGGAAAAAAUGCCUGGAAAAGCCGCAAGAUUGGAUGAGUUUAUCAAAUGUUGUAUGCAAGGGAUGUGA